AUGGAUAAUAUUGAGUUCUUUCAAAUUCCUAAUUCCAAUGCGAGUUCCACUCCCCAGCGUGGAAUAACCGCACCACCAAUAUCAACCCCUUUACCACGUCAAUCCUCAACACCAAUUGAAGCGCUAUUUACACCGGUUACACCUAACUGUGAGACCUCACAAACACCAAUUGCUCCAAGCAUUGAGCGCAGCCAAUUGCGUGAGGCUUCUCAAUUGAGAAAUAUUAGUUCAAACGCACGUGGCAGGACCCUCAACGAAGAUGAGGUUCUUGUUCUUUUCAACUGCGCUCUAGCGCUUCAGGAUCAAUAUAAUGGCGGUAAAAAGAGCUUUUGGGAGCUCGUGGAGGCUCAAUUUAUCAUUGAGGCGCGACACUCUUACUCAUGGAAAUCCUGCAAGAGCAAAAUUGAGGCUCGCGUACGCGCGAGGGAGGCCUACACGCAGAAAUAUGAGACCGGCCGGGAAACCGAGGCCUCAACACCUCUCGAUGUCGCUAUUGAUGAGUGGAUUGAGUUCUUACAAGAGUAUUCAGAGGAAGAGAAGGAGGAGUCUGCUCAAAAAACGCAAGAUAUAUUAUUUCAACAGCAACAAGUUCUUUACCGUGACGGUCUUCUUGAAACUAUGGAAAAGGCAGCCAAGAGACGUGCUCAAUCAAGUCAAUUAACUGACAGUUUAGAAUCCAGCACUUCAAACCCUGGUUCUGAAGACGAUUCUGAGGAUAAUAAUAUGCUUACUAGGGGAUCCUCGAAGGCUUCUAGGGGCAAGAAACAGAAGCGUGGGCAAGCCGCCUUUUCUUUUGAGGAUUUUAUGACUCUACAUCAAGAGAAUCUAAAGCAGGAUCGCCGCCUUAUUAAAAGCCUUAUUACACCUUCUAGUAAUAAGGAUCAUGAUGCCCUAGCCCAACAGGUCAAGAAUAUUAGUAAGCGAGUUGAUACGCUGGAAGAAAAUAUUAAUGGGAAGUUCGAUUUGAUUUUGAAACAUCUAGAGAAGAGAUCUAACUAA